UUCAAAAUGGUCUCGAAAGACGAGAAAGUUUAUAUGGAAAUGGUGUUCACGAGAGACUGCAGCGUAAGUCGUCAGGAAAAGGUGAAGGCGUUGUGGAAAUUCCUGGAUACACGGGACGACUUACAACCGCAUAAAGGUACAUUGGAAGUUAAGACACCGCCGCAAACGAAAUCGUCAACAUUAAGUAUGAAUGAAAAGGAUAUUUGGCGUAAAGGACUGGGAGUUUUUCAGCAACUUGGCUUGGACAAGACUGCCCUCGCGGCUGACAACAGAUGCAAGCUCUGUCUCAUGGAGAAAAUGAUCGAAUGUAAGGAUUUGGCCGAUACGGUGACGCAACCGUAUGAGGAAUUAAACGCUGAAAUGAAGGCCUUUCAGCAGCGACAGAAAAAUCGUAUAUUAAAUCAAAGCAAAAAGCUUGUCUUUAGCAACACAUUGAAUCAACGUGGCUCUGAUUGUGCAGAAACAAAAAAACUAUAAUUACGUAUAUAUGAUUAUGAUUGUAUGUAAUGCUUAAAGACAUUAUCA